AAGUUUGAACUUGCUGGAGGCUGCCAGACACCAUUGUCGCCGCCCCUGGAGGCCAUAAUUUAAACCAUUUGUGGAUAAGGUGGAAUUCUGGGAUGUUGGCCUCCUCCUCCAAACCCCAAAGUGUGUUAUUUUCUCUGUUUCUUUCCACCAGCCUACGUUUCCUCCCUCUCUCUCUCUCUCUCUCUCUCGCUGUCUCCCUCCUUUCCACUCUCAAAAAGUUCUCUGGAGGAAGAGUCUAGCGAGUCCCAAAUGUAUCCCACCACAGCAGAUGAGGAAUAUUUGCAGGGGCUGAUGACUUCCUAAAAGGAAUAAGAAGUAAAAGUUCAUGUAGCUGUGGCUGUGCCCCGAGAAGGAACAAAGGUCAUGGGGUGUCAAGAGGUUGUCUUGAUCCUGUUGGCUGCUGCGGUGCAAUGUCAAGUUAACCCAGAAAUGUGUCGCUACCCACUUGGUAUGACUGGUGGACAGAUUCAGGAUGAGGACAUCUCUGCUUCCAGUCAGUGGUCCGAGUCAACUGCUGCAAAGUUUGGAAGGCUUGAUUUUGACAACGGAGAUGGAGAUGGAGCUUGGUGUCCUGACAUUUUGUCCGAAUCCGACGGUUUUAAAGAAUAUCUACAGGUGGACCUGCGCUCACUCCAUUUCAUUACACUGGUAGGCACACAAGGGCGCCACGCUGACGGCAUGGGGAAGGAGUUUGCCCAGCGAUACAGGAUCAAGUACAGCCGGGACGCCACCAACUGGGUGGGCUGGAGUGAUCGAAAGGGACGGCAGGUCAUUGAGGGGAACAGCAAUGCCUACGAUGUGGUGCUGAAGGAUUUGGAGCCUCCCAUUAUUGCACGAUAUGUGCGCUUCAUGCCAGUGACUGACCACUCUUUGAUUGUGUGCAUGAGAGUGGAGCUCUAUGGCUGCGAAUGGCUUGAUGGGCUGGUGUCUUACAGCAUCCCGGAGGGGCACCGAAUGAUCUACAGGGGGCUGGAUGUCUACUUUAAUGACUCUGUUUAUGACGGAGCAUCAGCCGAAAGACUGACAAAGGGCCUGGGCCAGUUGACUGAUGGCACCUGGGGUCUGGAUGAUUUCCUGCACAGUCACAUAUAUGGCAUGUGGCCGGGCUACGACUACGUGGGCUGGAGCAACAGAAGCUCCCCCAAAGGUUAUAUAGAAAUGACCUUCGAAUUCGACCACGUCCGGAAUUUUACGUCGAUGAAGGUUCACUGUAACAACAUGUUCAGUCAAGGUGUCCGGAUGUUUAGACAGGCCACCUGUUAUUUCCGGUCUGCAUCAAACUGGGAAGCUGACCCGGUGACCUUCAAGCCACCUGUCGACUAUGUGAGCCAAAGUGCGCGGUUUAUCACCGUGCCCCUCGGGGACCACACGGCCAGCGCCAUCAAAUGCCGUUUCCACUUCAGUGACCUCUGGAUGCUCUUUAGCGAGGUGGCCUUCCAGUCAGGCUCAGCCGUCUACAACACAUCUCUGACUCCUCGCAAACAUGGACACCCAGCAAACACGCUGCCAGGGGAUGAUCCAACUCACAAAGUGGAUGACAGCAAUACAAGGAUCCUGAUUGGUUGCUUGGUGGCUAUUAUCGCCAUCCUCUUGGCCAUCAUCGUCAUCAUCUUGUGGCGGACGGUGUGGCAGAAAAUGCUUGAGAAGGCAUCACGCCGCAUUCUGGAUGACGAACUCACAGCUCGUCUUGCGGUUCAGACGCAGGCCUUUUCCUUCCACCACUCCUCUUUGUCCUCUUCUCUCUCCACUUCCAAUUCCACCUAUGAGAGGAUCUUCCCCCUCUGCUCCGACUACCAGGAGCCCUCCCGCCUCAUUCGGAGACUGCCUGAGUUUGCUCAUUCUACAGAGCACCUGGGACCAAGCAGCUCCUACAGGGCCCUUGCAGCUGGUGGUUCAGACAGCGCCCCUCACUAUGCAGAAGCGGACAUUAUCAGCCUGCAGGAGUCUUCAGACAGCAGCAGCCACUCCAUCAAGGCUGUCAACCUCAAUCUCUUUGCUGGCACAGAUCCAUCCAUGAGAGAGUUCCCCAGAGACAAACUCACAUUCAAGGAGAAACUUGGAGAGGGACAGUUUGGAGAGGUGCAUUUGUGUGAAGCAGAGGGCAUGCAGGCCUUUUUAGAUGAGGCCCCAUCUGCAGAAGAAACCACCCAAGCAUCCCUGCUAGUAGCUGUUAAAACCCUACGAGAAGAUGCCAACAAGAACGCAAGGAAUGAUUUCCUCAAGGAGAUCCGCAUCAUGUCCCGCCUGAGGGACUCAAACAUUGUCCGUCUUCUGGCCGUGUGUGUGGACAAGGACCCUUUGUGUAUGAUCACUGAGUACAUGGAGAAUGGGGACCUCAACCAAUUCCUCUGCAAUCUCAGACUAAAGGAGACUGAUGAGGAACAUGAGGCCGGACCGGAGGAGAGAGAGGAGAUCAGUAUGGUCAGCUACAGUAAACUGAUUGACAUGGCCGUGCAGAUAGCAUCUGGUAUGAAGUACUUGUCCUCUCUCAACUUUGUCCACCGUGAUCUGGCCACACGCAACUGCUUGGUGGGAAAGAACUACACUAUAAAGAUUGCAGAUUUCGGCAUGAGUCGCAACCUGUACCGCGGGGACUACUACCGGAUUCAAGGUCGAGCUGUGCUACCGAUCCGCUGGAUGUCUUGGGAAAGCAUCCUGCUGGGUAAAUUCACCAUGGCCAGUGACGUGUGGGCAUUUGGGGUGACUCUGUGGGAGAUUCUGACUCUUUGCAAGGAGCAGCCCUAUUCCCACCUCUCCGAUGAGCAGGUCAUUGAAAACACAGGCGAGUUCUUCAGGGACCAGGGCAAACAGGUCUACCUGCCUCAGCCGCCAUGCUGUCCUGGUGGAGUGUAUAAUGACUUGAUGCUGAGCUGCUGGAAGAGAAAUGCCAAACAGAGGCCGAGCUUUCAGGAAAUACACAGUCAGCUUGUAGAGAGCCUGGCGUAGCAGAUGGGACAUUUUUCUCUGUGAUGCACAGCCUGCCCAAGAUUUGUUCUGUAUGAAUGUGGAGUCAUGUUAAACCCUGCAAAUGUUAUCCAGUUGUUUUAAACUAGUUUGCGACAAAGGGCCUGUAUAUAAUAAGGGGGAAGUGUAUUGUGCUUUACAGUAUAGACAUGAAACACUUUAUAAUGCAUUACUCGAUGUAUUUAUUAUUUUGUACUGCCUAUUCAGUGUCUAUUUAUAGAGCAGAGAUAUUAUUUCUAGGAUUUGAAACAAAUUUGUGUACAAUUUAUAAAAUAAAUCAACUAUUCUACAUAGCCUAUGAAUAAUUUCUAUUUUUGUACUUGCAAAGUUUAAAGUUACCGUCACAAAAUGUUUUUUUUUCCAUUUGUUGUUUUGUACAUUUUUUUUUAAGUAU